AUGGUGGAGGACCUGAACCCCGGAGAUCCCGGGGUCUGGGUGGGGGACGGCCUGGACAGCGACAUGACGGGGGCCUUUGGUGGCGAUGGGGGGGCAUUGACAUGUGAGCAGUCCCUUGACGACCCUUCCAACAUCCGGGCUGGCCAGAUCGACGACUCCGGACCGGCGGUCGUCAACGAAGAGGUGGGGGGAGCGAUAAGUGACAAGGGCGCGGUUGACGAGGUGGUGAUAGCUCCAAGGGAGGCUUCGGAGGUAGCGAGAGCAGCUUGGGAAGAGCACCGUAGGCGCUUGCAGCAACAGCAUGACACUCGCAGAAGCGGCCGACCCGAGAGGGUAACGCCGCACAGUGCGGGCUCGACCAGCGCUGCAAUCCCCCUGGUCGUGCCACGUCUUGCACGGCGACAGGAGUGGAAGCGCCGGAGGGCGGCAAGGAGAGACAAGCAGCAGGAGCCGCUAGUGGGGGGCCGGCGAGACCUGCCGGUGGGCGAGCAGCAGGGGGUACGGGAGGGGGCCGGGCAGCCGCCGGUGGGGACGGGACAGCAGGGGUUGCAGAGCGGUGGGCAGCAGGAGCUACAGAGCAGAGGGCAGCAGCAGGUGCCGAGCGGAGGGCAACAGCCCAAGCAGAGCGGAGGGCAGCAGUGGAUACAGGCUGGGGGGCAGCAAGAGCUGCAGGCUGGGGUCCAGCAGGAGUGGCAGGCCGGGGGGCAGCAGGAGCGGCAGGUCGGGGGGCAGCAGGAGCUGCAGGCCGGGGGGCAGCAGGAGCUGCAGGCCGGGGGGCAGCAGGAGCUGCAGGCCGGGGGGCAGCAGAAGCUGCAGGCCGGGGAGCAGCAGGAGCUGCAGGCCUGGGGGCAGCAGGAGCUGCAGGUCAGGGGGCAGCAGGAGCUGCAGGCCGGGGGGCAGCAGGAGCUGCAGGCCGGGGGGCAGCAGGAGCUGCAGGCCGGGGGGCAGCAGGAGCUGUAG